GAAGACAUAAAAACAAUUUUAUCUCUAAAUCGUCCAGCAUACGAGUCAGAGUAUACUUUCUAAGAGAUAAACUUUAGCACCGAGGAAAUGCUGGACAUAAAAACGUUUACGUUAUUGAUUGUACUCGUUUGUUUCGAGAAUCAAUUAGUGUCAAGCGAUGCUGAAGUCGAUUAUUGUUAUUCUACUGCUGUAUAUCCGUACCUGAACGCUGGUUCAAAAACGGCUUACCAUUAUAUGCAUGGCUUGGUUACAAAUACCAGUAUACCAAAUUGCAAACCAGUACAAAUUUGGAUGCUGGCAAGACACGGGACUCGUUAUCCAGGAUCAAAUGAGAUCAACAGUAUAAAAAAGAAAUUACCAAAACUACAACGUCGUAUCAUUAAAAAUCACGAAAUAUAUGGAAACGGCAGUCUGUGUAAAUCAGACAUAGAACAUUUAAAGGCGUGGGAAGUAGAUUCAACCCUUAGCAAGGACAGACAAAAGUACUUGACGAAGCAAGGCGAAGAAGAUCUAAGAUCAAUAGCGGCAAGAUACAGCAAUUAUUUCCCUAUACUUUUGCAAUCUGAUUCAGUUUACGAGGAAAGAAGCAGAUACAAAUUCAGAACGACUGAUACCGAACGAACCAUAAAUAGCAUGAAGUUUUUCAUCGAUGGUCUCUUUGGUAAUAUGUCCAACAUCGACACGGAUAUAGUGCCAACGGAUGAAGAUACUUUAUUACAGCUUUAUAAAACCUGUAAACCAUGGUUGGAUUCGAAGCGUAACUCAUCGAUGAACUUCGAAGUUGAAGCUUUUGUGAAUGGUUCGGUAAUGAAUCAAACGAUUCAUGAAGUCAGUCAACGUUUAGGAUUUGCAGAUGAUCUUCCCUUUGACUCUGUUUCGACUAUGUACACUGCAUGCACCUUUGAAAGAGCUUGGUUCGUCGAUAAACUGUCUCCAUGGUGCGCUGCUUUUACAAAGGAAUCGCUAAAAGUGUUCGAAUACGAGGAAGAUCUUUACUAUUAUUAUUACUCCAGUUAUGGUCGUGAAUUGAGCGACAAGAUUGGGUGCACAACGUUGCAGGACAUGUUCAAUCAUUUCCUGAAAUUGGAGAAGGGUGAUUCGAAUGACGAACCAUACGGUGUCUUUUACUUCACACACAGCACAUCGCUUCAGUUGCUCUUCAGAACGAUGGGAUUUGCAGAAGACACGAUACCUUUGAAAGCUUCGAAUUACGAAGCCAUGAAAAAUAACAGAAAAUGGCGCACCAGUCAUCUCGUGCCAUUUGCCGCAAAUAUAGCAGCUGUCUUUUACAGAUGCGAUUCUUCGAAUAAAGUGAGAUUUUAUCUAAACGAGAAACCUUUGUAUUUGGAGGGCUGUGAUUCAGGUGUUUGCGAUUGGGAAUAUUUAAAGGAGACAUUGGGAAACACUGCGUUCAAUUGUAACAUUGACUUUUGUAAACAAUGAAAAUACUGUGCAUAUUGCGCGAACAAUGA